CCUCUCCUCUGCUUCAAAGUCUUUCCGGUUCUACUGUCUCCUUGGUCGAGCAGGCCUCUUUCUUUGCUGAAUUCUUCCGAGCCGACCUCCAAUCAGGCGGUCAGGGUGGGUUUUUGUUCUUUCUCAACAACCAACAAGAUUAGCGAUCUUGAAGAGAGCCGAGCCCGGCUCCGUCUUUCUUUCUUUCCUUCAGCUUGCUGCCAUGAGUCUCGAUUUGGUGCUGAGGCCGUGCUGCGACCGGUGUCACUCGACGUCUGACCUCUAUGGGAGCAAUUGCAAGCACAUGACGCUGUGUCUCGAAUGCGGCAAGGGCAUGGCGGCAAAUCGCGGCCGCUGCCGUCUAUGUAGCGCCUUGAUUACUAAAUUGAUCCAGGAGUACAACGUACAGGCAAUGGCCAACACUGAUGAGGAUUUCCAUAUUGGAAGGUUCCCCUCUGGCUUGCCUCCAUUUUCAAAGAAUAGUGCAGAAAAUAGGUGGUCUCUUGACACAGAAGGUCUUCAAGAACGUCAACUAACUGACAUUUUGGAGAACGAGAAUAAACCAUGGAUAUUGGAAGAUGAGACUGGCCAUCAUCAGUAUCAGGGUCAAGUGGAGGGCCCACAAUCUUCGACUGCUACUCGUUAUCUGUUAAAGGUGCAUGGGAGGGAUUGUUUUGCUGUUCCAGAUGGCUCCAGGUACAAUUUCAGAAAAAUUGCACAAGGCAAGCAACUUACUUUGGAAGAGGCUGAAGAAAUAAUGAAUAAAAGGAGGCACAAUGCAACUGGACAUGGGAGGUGGAUGAUGAAGACGGCAACUAGUGGUGCUGCUUCUUUUCGUGAAGUAAAGAAGAACGAAGGUAUAAGCCAAGCUGAGGCUGACGAAGGCAGUCAAGUAAAGACAUGGAAGAGCAAUGAUGAAGGAGAUCAUUCUGACAAGGGUGAUGAAGAUGAGGAAGAAUGGGAAACAAGAAAGAACAGGUUCGCACGUAACAAAUUGGGUGUUGAUGAUGAUGAAGGAGAUCAUUCUGACAAGGGUGAUGAAGAUGAGGAAGAAUGGGAAACAAGAAAGAACAGGUUCGCAGGUAACAAAUUGGGUGUUGAUGAUGAUGAAGGACAUCAUUCUGACAAGGGUGAUGAAGAUGAGAAAGAAUGGGAAACAAGAAAGAACAGGUUCGCACGUGACAAAUUGGGUGUUGAUGAUGAUGAAGAAGGUGGUAAAGGAGGUGAUUUUAAUCUAGAUGAUGACGACGACAUCGAAAAAGGUGAUGACUGGGAACACGAACAGACCUUCACAGAUGAUGAUGAAGCUGUUGGUAUUGAUCCAGGGGAACAAGAGGAAUUAGAUCCUAUUCCUACUCCACCUGAAAUUAAGCAGGAUGAGGAAGAUGAAGAUGAAGAAAAUUGUACACUGAGUAAAUCAGGGAAGGAAAUGAAACAACUGCUUAUAAAAGCUGCUAUAUUAAAUGAAUUCAAGGGUGAGGAGGAGGAAGAAGAUGAGGAUGAUGAUAAAGAUGCUCCUAAGGAUGAACCAGCAGAAACUAGUCCCACUAAUGCAGCACAGCCCUCUGGAUCUGGCUGCUCCACUCCUGCUGAAUCAAAAGCAAAGAGCGAACACAGUAGUGACGAUGAGAACAGAAAUGAUUCUCUACCCGUGAAGACGGAAAAUACAAUUGUUAAAGCUGAGGCUGUUAUGAAUUCAUAUAAACCUAGUGUGUCGACUAAACCACCAUCUACAGCAGCAGUUACUGAGGAGGAUAUUAGAGCUGCUGUUAUUGUUGCUGGUGAACCUGUGAAGUUACGGGAUUUAGCUGCAAAAUUCAAACCCAGAGUGAAAACUUCAGAGGAAAGGCACGCCUUUGCUGAGAUUCUCAAGAGAAUAUCCAAGUUACGGAAGGUCAAUGGUCAUAUCUACAUUGUGCUUAGAGACAAGUAGUUCUGUAUUCCAUGGCUCAAGCAGAAUAGUACACAAUGAAGCAUCGAAAAAUCUUUAGAUAGCGCGGUAGUAUGAGACGAAUUGAUCAUUUCUGGUUUGCAUACCGAGUAGUAUAGCUCUUUUUAUUUGACUUGUUAUA